AUGGAAGACUUGAACAUUUUCCAAGAGAAAGAGGGGGAAUUCACGGGACCAAGGCAUGCGUUGAUUAAAAAUGUAAGAAUUCCUUUUUAUGAACCCAACAUAGAUAAAGAUUUUGAAAAGGAUCUAAGCCGUUUCGAAACCAGACCAGACGAUGUAUAUGUUGUCAGCUAUCCUAAAUCAGGUAGGAUCAUAGUUAAAUACCUUGCACGUUGACAUUUAUUAAUACAAAAAAUGGUGAUAUUUUCGGUGCGUCGGAUAUCAUCUUUUCACAAAAUACAACUUUCCGAAAAGUUGUACUCAACUGACAUGGAAACUAAGGGACGCAACGGCAAUAAGCCAUCAAGUCUUCUGAAGGGAGCCUGUGCCGACAGACGCUGUGAGCUCGAGUAUGUAGCAUUAUAAAACUUAACUGAUACCCCCCUUAAGAAACUAGGCCAGUGAUCCUCCCCCCGCAUUUACGAAGAGAUCUCACAGCUUCAUCAUCAGAAUGAGGUUGGCCGAUAGAUGUGUUUGUAAUGUACUUUAUCUUAAGAGGAGAUUUUUUUUUUGCUUCUUCCCCUUUUUGUGUCGUCACGCAACGCUUAGGAAUGGAUGCUUGCGUGACGACACAAAGGUAUGGAGAUGUCACAGCUUGGUAAUGAGUGUGCCAAGAAAUAGCAAUCACCGUAUCACAUUUUAUCGCGUCAUUCCCACAGGAACAACCUGGCUUCAGGAAAUUGUUUGGCAGGUGUACCAUAAUGGUGAAAUAAGCAAAGAGGGAGUGGAGAGUCGAUACCCGCAACUGGAGAAAAGUCAACUCUUUCAGAGGCCCGGGGAUGAAUCUCAAGCUGUCCUUAACUCUCGACCCAGUCCCCGACUCAUCAAAUCGCAUCUUCCCUAUCACCUGAUACCAAUGAGUGAAAAUGAGGCCAAUAGAAGCAAAUAUCUCUACAUCGCCAGAAAUCCAAAAGAUGCCGCCAUUUCAUUUUAUCAUUUUGUCAGCAGUUUUGGCCCCGCCAGCCAUUUUAGUGGAACUUGGGAGUUCUUUGCAAAACUGUUAAUUGAAGGCAAAGGUAUAAAUUCUGUAAAAUACCUACUUGAAUAUGCAGAUAUUGACUAGAAAUUUAUGCAGCCCGAGAAAGGCUAAAAGUUGCUAAAAGACUGUUCCAUUCAUCUGAUAAUUUCUCCGGUUUUUUCCCUUGAACAUCUACGAUUGAAAAACCCAUUUUAGGAGAGAUCAGAAAAUCUUUCGUUUACCCAACAUAUAAUUUUACAGCGCCACUUUUAUUAUAUGCCUCCGCAAAGAUUAAAAAGCAAUGCUCAAGAUAGCCUUAAAAGACCUUCAGUACUUAACGCAUUUGAGAGAACAGGACGCUAAGUGUCCCUGGAGUAUUUCCCUUGCGCCCAAUACUUUCUAGUACGUCAUAUUCUUUGGAACAAAAUUACUGCAAUGUUGGAUAUAGACUAACUGUUAAAUAGACUAGGAAACAGUAGGUUUUUUUCCCUCAUAAUCGGUUUUUAAAGGCGCGAUGCGGGUGAGUCUCACUUUUUUUUUUCAACCUCUAGGGCGUUUGUUUCCUGAUCUACUCGAAAAUACGGGCUGUUUUUGCCGUCUAUGUAGGCUACAUCAUUUUAACAACCCAUAUAUUUCCAAACAUUGCCUCAAUGCUAAAUUGCUGCUGGUUUCUUUGUAGGAGCGUUUGGUUUUUGGUCUGAUCAUGUUUUACCAUGGUGGGAACACAGAAACGAGCCACAUAUUCUGUUCCUUAAAUUCGAGGAUUUGAAGAAGGUAAGUAAACUGUGAUGUUUUUGUUACAUGUACUUUUUUCUAACACCCAACAGCGACCGUCCAAGAAACACUAGUGAAGAUGUUUUUACUGCUUAAAUUCCUUUCAUCGUUGAACCUGACCUAAAAGCUGAUGCUAGAGAAAUUUAAGAAUCAGUUUAUAAUUUUCAGGCUCUUCGUACUUCGCAUAGAACAAAGCGCGAAACGCGACUGACUGGUGACGAAGCGCAAUGGACCAUGGGAAGGAGAAAGAAGAGAGGCGAAGCGCCGUCUCGCCCGUUUUCUCCUUCCCGCCUUUCUUUGAGCGCCAAUUUUCAUCGAGAGACGUCUGGGUACGAGGCAAAUGUUACUACUAGUCGGCAAGAGAUUUCGCGUUAGACUGGGUCAGUUUUGUGUUCAAUAGCCCACGUUCGAUGAAUGUUUAAAUUGUGACACUAUCGGAUGCUGUUACAAGGUUGCGCAGAGAACAGAGUCAAAAGUCCUUUCCCAAAACACGUCCCAUAGUGCAAUUCGACACAACUUUGACCCAGUCUCACGCAUAUCCUCAAAAUGGCCAAUGUUUUUAUUUAUUGGUUAUUAUCAUCAUCAUCAUUACUGCCACCACCACCACCAUUAUCAUUAUCAUCAUCACCAUCGUCACCUUUAUCAUCAUCAUCAUCAUCAUCAUUAUCAUUAUCACCAACACCACCAUCACUAUUACUAUUAUUUAUUUGUUUAUGUAUUUAUUUAUUUUAUAUUUGUACUGGAAUCUGUUAUAGGACCUAUACAGUAAUGUUGAACGGAUCAGCAAGUUUCUCGGAAUCAACCUCCCAGAUGAUAUGAUCGCCAGAAUUGCCCAUCAAUGCACGUUUGGUGAAAUGAAGAAAAACGCCGCCAAUUUUAAAGUUGAUAAUAAUCCCUCUAAACCAAGUUUUCUUCGCAAAGGUGAAGUUGGAGGGUGGAGGAGUCAAUUCAGCGAAGAAUUAAACAGACAGUUUGAUGAGAGGCUGUUUUCCAAGAUAAAAGGAACAGGAUUAGAAUUUGAGUUUGGAGAUUAA